GUGGUUAACACCUAGCAUUUUUGGCUAAUUGUGUAAACCUGCUCAUUUGGCACCUUUUAAAGUCUUAAGUGUGAUUUUGCGGUGUCUUCGCUCGUUAGUAUGAAAACGUCGAGGAACGACAACACUUCCUGAGUCCACACACGUCGUGUCGACACUUAUCGAUCAUAUUUUUUACAUGUUUUAUUGUCGUGGACAUCACCUGAGGCUGGAGGAAACACAACAGCUGGCCAGUGAGGAGUGAAGCUGCUCGGAGAUCUGGUUCCAGCCUGUUUCUCCAGAGGGGAUGGAUCCUCUGGGUGCUCGCUCUCAGUUUGUAGAUAUCCAGACUCUCCCCACGUGGCAGCAGCAGCUGGGUGAGGAUGGUGAGGAGCCGCAGGAUCAGAGCGACAGUCUGCUCAGUCAGCAGGCCUUCCCCUCUCCCUUCCCCUGCAGACCAGACAUCAACCGCAAGAUCAUCCUCUUCACCGGGGACAUCGCCCUGCUGAACUGCACUGCCAUUGUGAACACCAGCAACGAGUCCCUAAACGACAAGAACCCGGUGUCUGACAGCAUCCAUCAGCUCGCAGGGCCCGAGCUGCGAGAUGAGCUGUUCAAAGUAAAAGGAUGUCGGACAGGUGAGGCGAAGCUGACCAAAGGAUUCAACCUGGCAGCUAGGUUCAUCAUCCACACAGUGGGACCAAAGUUCAAAAGCAAGUACAGGACGGCGGCGGAGAGCUCGCUAUAUAGCUGCUACAGGAACAUCAUGCAGCUGGCUGCAGAGCAGACAAUGGCAUCUGUCGGUAUAUGUGUGGUGAGCACGACCAAACGAGGUUACCCACUGGAGGAUGCUACACACAUCUCGUUCAGAACAGUGCGCAGGUUCCUGGAGAAUUAUGGAAACCGCAUCGAUGCAGUGGUGUUCGCCGUGUCAGACACAGAGGAGCCGGUGUUUAGGAAGUUACUGCCUCUGUACUACCCUCGCUCAGAGAAAGAGGAAAUGGCCUGCCUGCCUCUCAUCCCAGCUGACAUUGGCAACUCUGAGGGUGAACCCGUUGUCCCAGAGAGACAGAUCCGCAUUGCAGAGAAGCCGGGCAGCCUUGAAGAUGAUUCAGAGGAGGAGAAUCUGGAGUCAGAUCUGGGUCAGGUGGGAAAUCAUGCUUUCGCACGGAUGGAGGGCGACGUGGACAAACAGCGGAAACUGAUCCUACAGGGCCAGAUGUCAGAGUCAGCCAUGCAGAAACAUCACCAGAGGAAUUACAAUCGCUGGCUGUGUCGAGCGAGAGCAGAGGAUCUGUCAGACAUCGCUGCGCUGAAAGCUUUAUAUCACACUGGUGUGGACAUGUGUGGCAGGACAGUCAUGGUUAUCGUUGGACGAAACAUCCCAGUGACCCUCAUCGACCUGGAAAAGGCUCUGCUGUACUUCAUCCAUGUGAUGGACCACAUCACGGUGAAGGAGUACGUGAUGGUUUACUUCCACACGCUGACGGGCGAGCACAACCACCUCAACGCCGACUUCCUCAAAAACCUCUACGACAUCGUUGAUGCCAAGUUUAAAAAUAAUUUAAAGGCAUUCUACUUCGUACAUCCAACGUUUCGCUCUAAGGUCUCAACAUGGUUCUUCACCACCUUCAGUGUGUCGGGGCUGAAGGACAAAGUCCGCUACCUGGACAACCUGCACCAGCUCUUCACCUGCAUCAAACCGGAACAGAUCGACAUUCCUCCAUUUGUCGUGGAUUAUGACGCACGGAUGAAUGGACCGUACCGUCCCACCAACUCCUCCAGUCUGUGACAGGCGACCGGCCGGACCUCUCUGCCGGGGGGGACGAAAUCAAAUGGAAGCUGGAAGACAUAUGUGGACAUAGGUGUUGCCCAUUUUGUCUGACCUCCUCACCUCCUCGUCAAGGCCCUGAAGCACGGGG